AUGGCUUAUUCUAUUUUUCUUAUCUGUAUAUGUUGCAGAGCACACCAAGGUUUUGGAUGGGUUGGCGAAUGGGCAAAUACAAGUAAUGAGUUUGUAGAAAAGAUAGCAGGCAAAGAAGCCAACCUUAUUCGCCUUCACACACUCCAUUACGCCGACAAUCAGAAGAUAGAUUUUCACAUCCUGGAACUAUUGGUUCUGCUUAACUAUUUAGUUAGUUUUGCAAGAUACAGACACAAUGCCACAAGACCAAUGUCUAGUACAAGAACUUCUUCUCCCAACAAAGGACUCCAUUUUCAGUCAAAGAUGUUGCAGUUCAUUUCACUGACUCAUUCGUCUGACGAGGAAAGGAGAUUGUUGGAAGAGGUAACUACAAGGAGAUGGAUUCCAGGAAUUAGCAAAAGUGAGAAUCUUGAAGGGACCAAUAAAAAAGAAGCAAUGGUUUGGCAUUUUAGCAACAGUGUUGGGAGUUCACCGGCUAAAUGGCUGUUUGCAACAAAGUUGGAUUUGAUUGUUAUGGAUGGCCUAUAA